UAGUCACCACGGACAGCAGACAGAGGAAGAGCCUCAGUGGGCGCAGUUCAUGUUAGCUUAGCAGACAGCACGUUCAAGACGGAGAAGCGGUUCCUUGUCAAAGUAGCUAUCGCCAUCGGAGGUUUCAAAGAGGCACUCCGACGACCGCUUCGACGAGAUGAGCUUUCUAUUUAGCAGUCGCUCAUCCAAGACCUUCAAGCCCAAGAAGAACAUCCCAGAGGGCUCCCAUCAGUAUGAACUGCUGAAACAUGCUGAGGCUACACUGGGCAGUGGGAACCUGAGGCAGGCGGUCAUGCUGCCAGAGGGAGAAGAUCUGAAUGAGUGGAUCGCAGUCAACACGGUGGAUUUCUUCAACCAGAUCAACAUGCUCUACGGCACCAUUACAGAGUUCUGUACUGAGGCUAGCUGUUCAGUCAUGUCUGCUGGACCCAGAUAUGAAUACCACUGGGCUGAUGGCACCAAUAUUAAAAAGCCCAUCAAAUGCUCAGCACCCAAAUACAUAGAUUAUCUGAUGACUUGGGUUCAAGACCAGCUGGAUGACGAGACACUUUUUCCCUCCAAGAUUGGGGUUCCAUUUCCCAAGAACUUCAUGUCUGUGGCCAAAACCAUCCUGAAGCGCCUGUUCAGAGUUUACGCACACAUCUACCAUCAGCAUUUUGACUCUGUGAUGCAGCUGCAGGAGGAGGCCCAUCUCAACACCUCCUUCAAGCACUUCAUUUUCUUUGUCCAGGAAUUCAACCUUAUCGACCGGCGAGAGCUCGCCCCGCUGCAGGAUUUGAUCGAGAAGCUUGGUUCCAAGGACAGAUAGACAUGGCAUCACACUCUUCUCUCCUUCUUUUAUGCUGUUCAACAGUUUCUUUUCCACCACUCACUCUCUUCUUGGCCUAUGCUACCUCUGCGACUUUCGGUCUCAACAGUGUGUGCCUUCUUGUCAUUCCUCUCAGCCAAGCAUUUGGAUUGUACUCUUUCUGCUGUCUUUCACUACUUUCUGAGCCUCUUCUCCUUUAUUUUCGUCCUUUUUGGUUUUCGGUUAUAAAUUAGCAUUGUGUUCUUAAUGUGUUAUUUCCGGGAACUUUUUUUUUUCUUUUUUUAAAUGUUUUGUGUUCACUUUAAAAUUGAACUAAGAAAAUUUGGAAGUAGAAAUGAGCCGCUUUAAAAAAAUAUGUUAAUGUUGUUUUUAUGUAUUCAUUGUCUUACUGUUUUGACUGAACAAAAACAUCCAAUUCUUAUAUGUUUAAUUCACUUAUAACGAUAUAAGGCAAUGAAAGUGAAACAUUUUUCAAAAAUAUUGGCAUUGGAAACCAUGCCACGGAUUUUCAGUUGAACCUAAUGACUGUUGAAGUGCUUGACGACUUCUCGGCAAUGCAAUACAUUGAUGGGUGAUUGUGAAGAGUCUUUUUCACUUAAGAAUCCUUUUUAUUUGUUGUUAUUUUACCAUUUUUCCCCCACGAUUGAAGAUAAGAAAAUAAAAGAUACAAUAUAGGGCUUCCAGUAAACCGCAAAAUAGUGAAAAUACUAUUUAAAUAACUCAGUUGUAGUUAAAUUAGAUUUUUUUUUUUUUUAGGUCAUUUUUAUGGUGCCGAUCAUUUGCGGAACUCUAGAUGAUUUUGUGUUUCCUCAUUUUUGGUACUUUUUUUUUCCUCCCCCAGGGGUCAACAACUAUUACCUCUGUGUGUCAAGAGGGCAAAUUUAUUGUAAAUAUGGUCAUGGUCCUGUCUUGAACUCAGGCUACAGCAGCAGGGCUGUGUGUACUGCCAUCUUUUUGCUAGCCAAUUGCAGCUGGGAUUCUAAUGAAUGUUUUUGGAUUUGGCAACACACCUCAAUUCUUGGAGAUAGACAUUUAAGAACAUCAGGACCCAGCAGCUGCCAUGUUAUCGUAACUAGUGAUAAUGUUUCAGUAAUUACAAGAAAACAUUCCUCCAGUUUGUUAUUUACAUGCUCAUACAGCCCUUCCUUAUUUUAUUUGAAUAUUACAGCAAGCAUGUCAAAGCUAGUCUUGUUUUCUUUCUCAUAUUUGACUAGAUUUGUUAGACAUUUCUUAUUUUAUACAUGUAGAAUCAGAGAAAGUACAAGGGCUUGCGAAUUAACGAGGAUUUAUCGAAUUCUAGGGUGGAUGUUUUGACUGGUAGGGAGCACAAAUGAACAGUAUGUACUGUGUCCAAACAUUUGCUGUAAAUAUGAUCAGUGUUUUUAUCUGAUCAAAGUUGUGCCUUUAAACAAUUGAAUUGUCUUGAUAUGACUGUAUUGGCAGAUUUUGAGCUCAAUUUAAAAAAUAAAAGAACCAUCCUGUUUUUUUAAUGUGUACAAAUGAAUGAC